AUGAAGAAGUAUCAUACAUCACUUCUCAGGAUCAGGGCAGUGGUAAAAUAUGUCACGAAAUAUCCCGCAAGAUAUAAAAGGUUUACGGAGGUUGCUGAGUCGAAAAGAAUAGAUUGUAAAAAGGUUCUGAUAUUAGAUGUGAGAACGCGGUGGAAUUCUACUUACUUAAUGCUUGUUGCUGCUGAAAGAUAUGAAAAGGCAUUUGAAAGGCUACGUGAGUUGGAUAAUGCAUUUUGUGAAGAGUUUUGCUUUGAUAUUCCAGUACCAGAUAAUAUUAUGGGUGAUGGUGAUGACACUGUUGAUCUUGAUGUUGAUUAUGAUCUGGAAUCAGACAAUGAAGAAGAACUUGAUACUACUGAAGAAGAAGAUUUUGCUGCUGUCAGGAAAGCCAAGAAAAAAAACAAGCCAAAAGUGCAUGCUCCUGAACGAUACGAUUGGUGCAAUGCGAGAGUUUUGAUUAAGUUUCUACACGUAUUUUAUGAAGCAACUGUUGCAUUUUCAGCUUCUACUUAUGUUACUUCUCAUUCUUUCUUAUUGGAACUUGAUACUGUUCGUCAAGAAUUAGAAGAAUGGAAAAAUACACAUGAGGACCCUUUCUUAAGCCACAUGGGUGCUGUAAUGUUGCUCAAGUACAACAAAUAUUGGGGAACAUACCGAAAUAUGAAUUCGUUGAUGUUUAUGGCUGUACUUCUUGAUCCACGAGAGAAAGAACAUGGAUUAUUUGUGACUGUUGAAGAUUUAAUUCUUAUAAAGCAGAAAAUGUUAGAUGUGCAGUAUCUUCAUCAGAAUCUGUGGGCGAGACUAAUUCUACUUCUACUCAAAGUUCUUCGAGUUUUGGAAGUAAAUGCUGCGAGGUUUGACAUUUUGCCACUUAUGGCUAAAGAUAUAUUUGUUAUUCCCAUUUCUUCCGUUGCUUCAGAAUCAGCAUUUAGUACCGGAAAAAGAAUUUUGGAUCCUUUUCGAAUCUCCUUAAAUCCCAAGACACUUGAGGCCUUAAUUUUGUUACAAAAUUGGUUACGAACACCAAUAGACAUGGAUUCAUCUACUCUUGGAGUCGAGGAGGAGGAGAUUGAUAUUGCUGAGUCUGAGCUAUUCGGUGACCUUGCUGCUUCUUCCAUCGUCAUAGAUGAUUGA